AUGGUUAUGGGAAGCCUUAGCGCACCGCAUCUCUCCAAGGAUGAUGGUGCUACUGUCUACGGCCUGAAAAGUGAGGAACGUGCCUCACUAGUGAGGGAAUUAAAUUCAUCAUUUGGCGUGGCGAUCGCCUCGGACUUGGAGCGAACUGUUCGUGUUACGCAGAAGGGACUGACUCUGGUGGUGGUAAACCGAAUUCAUGGUUUGCUGGGCUAUGACGUGGUCUCGCACGCCAUGGCCAUGACCAACGCCAACCGAGAGCUGAUCUCCUUCACCAUGUAUAAAAAGACUAGCAACAACUCUCAUCAGACACACAGCCACGGCCAUACUAGCUCACACAGCUCACACAAAAGCCAUCACAGUAGCGUUGUCACACUU